UCCUAAGGCGCCCAUACAACUCAGUGAGAUGCUACAGGGUCUUCAUACAAACUGUAUUUAUUCAUUUUCAAAUACCUGUGUGAAUUAUUCAUAAAUAUCACAUGUCUGCUGGUUUAGAUUUUGUUCAGUGUUUCGAUGAAACAUCCACUGUGCUUGAUGACUUUAUUUCCAAGUUUGCCUCUCCUUCAAACAAAUUUGAAGCCUUUUCUGAUCCACCUGAGCUGCAUCAAACUCUUGCACAUGCUGAGCUGAAGAUUUGUCGGAUCCGGGCUUACUAUAAUCUCAUUCAAGAAAUUUGUCGACAAUCUGUUACUACUGGUGAAGCAUUUUCCUCUUCUCUGUUUAAAUUGGCCAAAUGUAUUGGAUUGGGUUUAGAUCAAAAACAAUCGUGGUCGUUUAGUUCAAAUGUAUCAAGAGAAUGGGAUAAUUUUGGCACACAGAAAAUUCUCAAUCAUGCUACUCAUGUAACAAAUUUAUUUGCAGAACAAACAAGAAAGUUAGCCGCUAAAAUAUCUGAUAUAGAGCAUAUUUUGUCAAAAAGUAACGAUAACUUAAACAAAUUUUAUGAUCUACGAACAAGUUUUCAACGUGCUUAUGAGCAUCUGGACAGUGUUAUAAAUCGUGCUGCUUCAGCACCUUCAUCACGAUCUCCUGUGGAUUUACAAGUAUUCGACAGUCAAGUUAAAGAAGCUCAAGAAAUUUACCAAAGGACAGCAACAGCCUACUUAUCCCAUCUUCGUCAAGUAAUUGGACCAAACUAUAUUAUUUCGUAUAUGCGAUUGAUUAUAUUGGCACUUUCUGUUCAACAAUCUUAUUCAGAACAAUUGGAUUUAAUAUUUAAUAGUUCCAGCAAGACAAAUAGUCAAAAUUCUUCAGUAUUAGUUAGACAAUGUAAACAGUUAAUCACUAGUUUUGAACAGAAAACAAAUACUGAAGUUCCUACUAAGAUUAAGUCACCAGAAACUGCAGUUGUUGAAAAAAAAACCAUUACGACUUCAAAUAACCCGUCAAACCCUCGACUGGAAGGUUAUUUGUUUAAAAGAAGUGGAAAGAAAGGUUGGCGCUCAUGGGCUCGGCGAUGGUUCCGUGUACAUGAAAAUCAGUUAGUUUAUUGUAAACGUUUCCAUGGAUUGACAUCUGCAGAUCUCCAGUUUGCGACUGAUUCAGUGUUCACGGAAUUAAACCGAAAGGCUUGUACAUCUAUACUGAACACUGACUCUUUGACAAAUGGAGUUGUAAAUAAACAGCCUGAUAAUGAUCUUCUGACACAAUUACUUUCUCAAGCUAAUCCACAAUGGACUGUUAUGGUAACUGAUCUUAGAUUUUGUACAGCCCGGAUUCUUCAACCAAAUAAACGGUUGACAGCUGGAGAGAAACCUAUGAAUCUAUUGAAUAAUUCUGCAGAUCGUCGAUUUGUUUUCGAAGUAAUAUCUUCAGGCCAUCGAAAUCACUACUUACAGGCUAUCAGUGUAAAUGAUUUGGAAAUAUGGGUUAAUACGUUACGAUCUGGUUUUCAUGAUUUAUGUCAAACUGGUGAUACACAUGGUUAUAAUAAUGGAAUGGUAAAAGGAAAUUUCAGCAAUUCGCUUGAUCUGUUAACUUCUUGCAGCCCAACUCAAAUCAGUUUGGACUGCUCUAACAGCCCAACAGUUAGUUCUAUGUCAGGAUUCCAAACCAGUCGUGCAAACGACCCUUUAUCUCAAGCGUCUCAUUCAUCUAUUUCAGACCAAGAUGCGUUGAAAAACAAGAGUGGAAUUUUGUUAUGGCGUGAGCCUGAUUUAGCUGGUAAUCGUUAUUGUGCUGAUUGUGCUGUAGGAGAUGCAAGAUGGGCAAGCAUCAAUCUAGGUGUGACAUUAUGCAUGCUGUGCGCUGCAGUUCAUCGCAGUUUAGGUGUUCAUAUUUCAAAGGUCCGAUCACUGACCCUAGAUAACUGGCAACCGGAAUUAUUACAUGUGAUGUUUAAUCUAGGUAACAAACCUGUGAAUAAAAUUCUCGAAUCAAAUUGGCAACGUUAUGCAUCCGAAUUUCCUCGUUUAUCAUCUGACACACCGUUUGAGCAACGUAAAGCUUGGAUUGAGGCUAAAUGGGUUCGUUUUAAAUUUGCUCGUCAUUCUUUGCCACUUGAAGAAGAAGUAUGUAAUUCAACUGAAGCUGUUCAGUGGAUUAAACAACUAUAUGAAAAUUGGCAAGAGGCACGUGCUCAAAUGCGUCAGGAUUUUCCGGAACUUAUCUAUCAACCCAAAUCUUCAUCUUCAUUACCAACAAGUAGUCCAGAUAAGAAAUUAACUAAAAAUAAUAUUCGUCGAUAUGCUCUCCUAAACGAACUAACUAGUACUAUCAAGACUUUAUAUGAAAAAAACAAGUCAAGCAUGAAACAUGAUCAAAGAGUAGUACAAUCGAAAUUUACUGAACAGAAAAUUGCUGCUGACUAUUUAGUUAGUUUCGGUGCUCAACUUGGUUGCCCACUUCUUAUUUUAUCCGGUCUUACUGGAGGCGCUAGUCCAGACGGAAGAGUAAAAACUGGAGAAACGUUUAUCAACAAUUACCCUCCAUUAAUAUUGGCUUCGCGUAUUGGUUCUAUAGCAGCAUGUGAAUUUUUACUGUUAAAUGGUGCAGACAUUGAUAUUAAAGAUAAUCAAGGUCGAACUGCACUGCAUCAUGCAUGUCGAUUUGGUCGCGUUCAUCUGGUAUGCUUGUUAUUGCGUCGACGAGCUAAUCAGCUGAUCGCAGAUAAUGAUGGCAAAUCACCACUGGAUGUUGCAUUAGAGUUAGCCAAUGCUGAUAUUGUAACAUUGCUACGACUGCAACGGUUAAAUGAUACUGCUAAGAGCUCUGGUAUCAUAUUGAACGAUGAAACGGUCAACGAUGUAUUUCGUGACUUCACUUUACGUACCUACUACUUGAAUUGUGAAGAGAAUUUCGAUGAUGAAGUUAAUGACCAUAAUUAUGAUAAGAUAGUAGUUUGCAACAAUACUAAAUCAUUUGACUGCUCUCCAACACGUUCUUCAAGUUGUCUAAUAAAACCAGAUAUAAAAUAUACUACAAAUACAAUUAUUAGAAUCCGACCAAAUUAUAAAGUAAAUUCAUCGAUUCCCAGUAGUAAUAAUAGCAUUAGUAGUGGUAGCAGUAGUAGCAAUAAUAGUGGUAAUAACACUAUCAAUACUACUUAUACUUCUGCUACUACCACAUCCACUCCUAUUAGCAAUCAUGGAAUUAUUAUCAUCACUUCUCCUACUAAUCAUUAUGUGACUAGUCCAACUCGUGGAGCUGGUGGUGCUGUUGAUGCUCGGCGACGACAUGACAAAAAUAAAAAACAUUCUGAUUUAUCUGAUGAAAUAGAAUAAACAAUGAAAUUACCAUAUAUUUUUUUUGUUUGUUUUGAAUAAUUCAUUUCUUAUUUUUAACAACCUGAUUCUGAAAAGAUGCUUUUUCCUUUUUAAAAAAAAACAAACAAACUAUUUUCAUUCAAAAUUAUUCACUGAUUGAUCUGAUCACUUGUUAUCAUUAAUUACUUAUGAUCAUUAUUAUCUUUACUCUUAAUAUUUUAUAUUUCAUCUAAUACAUGAAUAUGUUAUUUAUUUCAAAUAGAUGAUAAAUGAUAAAUGACUUCAGUUUUUGUUACCUACCUUGACAGAAUCUUUCCUUAUAGAUUCAUUCCAUUCACUUAUUGUCAGUGAUGGAUUACUUGAAUGUGUGGUGUGUAAAUCACAUUCUGUUAUAUUACUGUUAUUAUUACAUGGAUUUCACAGAAAAAAAAUAAUUGAACUUAUUGCAAAUACAGCUUCAUAGUAUGAUGUCAUCAAUGAUACUGUAGUUAUUUGCCUGCAACUUGAUGAACACACAUAACCGGUACAUUCAUUAUUAUUAUUAUUAUUAU